UUAGAUGCUUUUAUUUUGUUGAAUAUUGUAUAAAAGCAUAUUAUGUUUAGUUGAGCAUUCAUAUUUAGAAGUAUGUAAAAGUAUGCAAGGGACAAAAAAGAGGGUAAGACCGGUCCGCCAAUACCUGGCGUGUCCUCUUCGGCCUUACAUGUGCCAUGUAGAAGAUGAUCUACAGCAAGAGUUAUCUUACCUUAAUGCACAGGUGUUCCCUUACCUGGACUCACUUUGCUUGGCCAGGGGAACCUGUUUCCGACCUGUGGACUUACAGCGAGAUGAAGAUAAUGACAUGAGCUACCAUAAGCCACCUGCUCUCUCCGAUCAACAGUUCAAAAUCAGUCUGGAUCUCAUUGAUCGAUCAUCUUUUUUCAUUUGUCUUCUCGGAUAUAAAUAUGGUGAUUUUCUGCAAGGCGAGAACAGGUCCACUUUCGAUAUCGGACCUUGUUCUUUUUCUCAGGUGGCCAGGAACUUGCAUGUUGCUGCAAUGGCUGGUUACCCUUGGGUCACGGAGGACGAGUAUGGAACCUGCAGCCUGACAGAGCUAGAGAUCAUCAAGGCGGCAUUUCAGGACAAGCACAGAAUAUGUUUCUUUUAUUUCAAAGACUACACGCCCCAGGACAAUAUGGAGAAAAUCAGUGACAAAAUGCUCAUAUCCCUAAGUGAGCUGUACACCGAAAACCAUAGUGUGAGACGUCGAAUGAGAAAUCUUAAAAGAAGAAUUAUAGGCCGCUGUCUUCCUGUCAGAUUCUUCAGAAACUUGCAUGAGCUUGGGAUGAUGAUGAGGAAUGACUGGGAAGCGGUUAUAAAUCAGUUUUAUGGAGAUCCAGAGUAUCCAGUCGCAGGAAGGCAAGAUUUAUUGGAUCUCCGUUGUCAUGAGAGCCACGGCCGUGCAUUGUGCGACUGGUUUGUGCCCUCAACACAAGCCACUAAAAUACUGAACAUAUUCAACACAUUUGUGCAUCCUAUAACCCAUCACACAAAAUGUGAGAUGCACUCGAGAAAUCGAGAAGCUCAUUUCAAAUGUGAUCUUGGCAGCAAAGAAUCAGAGAAGUCUGUUUUGCUGGUAUGUGGUGAAAGGGGUUGUGGGAAGUCAACUCUGGCGGCAUGGUGGCUACAGACCUUCUGCAGAGAGAAUCCUGAUGUUCCGGUCAUCUCUCAUUUCUGUGGGACAAGCACGUCCAGCACUGAUGUCCGAUCCAUGCUUAGACAGUUGACUGGUGAACUUCAAAGAGUGCAUUAUGAUUGGGAUGGAAUUUUGGAAGAUGCUACUGAGCUUGAACCCCUUCAUCAGAUGGUGCAGGCGUUCUCUGCAGCAGUCCGAUAUGGGCCUUGUGUACUUUUACUAGAUGGCAUUGACCUUCUGACAGAAACAUUUGGACUCUCAGUUCAAGAGGUGAAGGAGCUAAAAUGGUUGCCGGAUGCUCUACCACCCCGGUGUAAAUGUAUCAUUACGACAACAUUUUCAGACCUCACUUAUAAAAGUCUCAAUGUCAGGACCGAUGUCCAUACUCUCACAUGUCCCGAUCUUUCUGAUCCUAGCAUCCACCGCAGUAUUUUACUUAAACAUCUAUCAUUACCUUGCAAAGAACUGCCAACCAAUGUUUUCCAAAGAAUUGCGGCUAAGAAGCUAUGCCACUUGCCAGCCUUUUUAGCUCUCCUUGGUACAGAAAUGCGGUCGUGUGGGGUGCAGAGGGAGAAAGAAGAAGAGAUCGAGCUGUUGGAGGAAUACAUAGAUGUUGAUUCAAUGCCAGAGCUCUGGGUGAAGGUCAUUCUUCGCUGGGUGAAAGAUUACAAUGGAUCUAGUAGUCGAACACAAGCUAUUAGUCACUGUAAAGUCACUAGCGAUGCAACAAAUACUGCAUUAUUUACAGAAGACCUGUCGGGCUGGGUAUGGGACACAUUGUGCUUAAUUCAUCUGUCUCAUGCUGGUUUGACUGAGGCUGAGAUUCUGGCUUUGUUGGAAGAUCUUGGUUAUUUUGGAAAUCCCAAAGAUGAGGUGCUGGAGUGGGCCCGACUGCGCUCUGCAUUUUGGCCCUGGGUUCAGGAGAAAGCCAAUGGUCAUUUGACCAUCAUGCAUCAGUCUUUUAGCCAAGCUAUGAACCUGUUGCUUCUUGAUUCGAGGGGUCAGGUUAAGAGCCAAAAUGUCUUCAACCAGAUCCUUGCUGACUUUUUUCAGAAGUCCAGUUUGCAACUUUGUUCUUGGGUACGGAAGAUGGAAGAGAUUCCUUGGCACCUGAUGCAAAUGGGCUCUUUCAAAGAGCUACACAGUUUCCUCAGCGAUCCAGUUACUGUAGAGGCUUUGUCAAACAAACUGGAGCAGUACCCAAAGCUGACAACUGAUGUUAUACAUUACUGGACACUACUAAGGGACAGAGGUUUUGACCCUGCUUCCUCUUUCCAGUUUCUGAUGUUUCAGGCUUGUAGAAUGGAGGAUCUUGAUGAAAGAACCACAUGGAGAUUAUCACUGUUCUGCGCGAAGGUUCUCCUCUGUUUUGGUGAGAGCCAUCAGACCGAGGAGCUGUUACUACAAACUGAUCGAAUCUUCCGAAGGGUCAAAAUGAGGAAAAGCAAAGGUGAGGAACUGGACAGAGACAUUUUGAAGUUAGUCCUGAAGGUGCAGCAUAUGCUGGCAAAUCUUUAUGUCCAAAUGCACCGGCUGAAGGAUGCCGAGAUGUAUUGCCACAAGGGACUUGAGACAGCCCAGUACCUGACAGAUAGCACAGAGGUCCAACUUAUAGUCGGACAGAUGCUAUGUUGUCUGUGUCUGAUAUUGCUGGAAGAUGGACGACUAUAUGCAGUGCCAGGACUUCUGAAAGAGAUCAGCUCUGUUAGACACAUGUCUGACCAUCCCUGUUCCGAAGGCACUGUGUUGUUUUUGAAGGCCAUACACAAAAUGAGUCUUAAUGAGCUCAAAGAAGCUGAGAGAUGCCUCCAAGCGGCCCUGUCCAGCAGGAGGGGCUGGUAUGGUUCUGAGCAUCGACUGGUGGCAGAAGUGGAGGAGCAGCUCGCAGAUCUCUGGGCCGACACACAGUCGGACACAGAAUGGGAACAGAGGAAGAUUGUUGAACUGUACCUCCAUGUUUUGAGCAUUAAAGAGACUGAGGCUCAAACAUUGCAUCAAGUCAACCUGCAGAAAGAUCUUGCUGUGAUUCUUGUGAAGUUCGGUAAAUUCCUGUUGCGUAGCAGCAGUAAAGCGGAGAGGAGAGAGGGGCUGGAUCUACUUCAAAGAGCUUCAGACAUUAGGAUUUGCAUCCUGGGCCACGAGCACCCGCUCACCAGAGAGUUUGAGCAUCUUUCAAACACUAAUGUUAUAGGACUGAGGAAAUUUGUGCCAGAGGUCAUUAGGCCAGGCUCAAACAGGAAACAGUCACUGAGGGCAUCACCCACUGCUUCUCUGCUACAGCUACAACAAACAAAAUCCAAGUCACAUAUUCCAAGACCAACCACCAGACUCUCUAGGACCUCAUCAGAUGUAAGACCAUCACCGGAUAAUCCAAUUUACAGCCAGGAUGAAACCCUAAAGAGACCAUGGAUGACUUUCCAGGUGUCAGUAUUUGGGCCACAGAGUGAUAUUAGAACUCUGUUGCCAAGAGAAAAAGCUGGUUUACAUACGUCUCGUCCGAGGUCAGUUGGGAGGUGUUUCCCAGAGAGAUGCAUCAUACAGGAGGAAGCACUUAAGCCACAGAAUCAGUAGAUGAGAAUCCUCUCCUCUCCUCUCCUAAAAUGUGGAAUAGGAUA